AUGGUGAAGUCGUUGGAAGAGAACCCGAUGCGGAAAAUCCGCAUCGAGAAGUUGACUUUGAACAUUUGCGUCGGCGAGUCCGGUGACAGACUAACCCGCGCCGCCCGAGUGUUGGAGCAGCUGACGGGGCAGCGCCCGGUGUUGUCUCGUGCACGAUUGACGAUUCGUUCAUUCAGCAUUCGCAGGAACGAGAAAAUCGCCUGUCACGUGACUGUACGAGGCAAGAAGGCUGAGGAAAUCCUAGAAAAAGGACUAAAAGUGAAAGAAUAUGAACUUAAAAAGAAAAAUUUCUCAGACACUGGAAACUUCGGCUUCGGUAUUCAGGAACAUAUCGACUUGGGCAUCAAAUACGACCCCUCCACCGGCAUUUACGGGUUAGAUUUCUACGUGCAUUUGUGCCGCCCCGGUCUGCGCGUCUCUAAGCGCAAAUGGGCCCGUGGGAGAAUUGGGCACAGCCACCGCGUGACGAAGGAAGACAGCAUUCGUUGGUUUCAGCAGAAGUACGACGGCAUCGUGUUGAACCGUUGA